UAAAAGAAAGAUCCCUAUUCGUCCCGAGGUGGAAGAUGCUCUAAGAACACUGGAGAAGGUCAUUUCAGUAGCACGACAACAUGGAUUUAAUGCAUGAAGCAGUUCUUCCACUUUCUGUGAUGAAGAAAUGGUAAAUUCGGAAGGUGUUGUGAAAAACUUAAUAUAUGUUGCAGAUGACGAUGUUAAUUUAAAAGCCAAGGUUGAUGUUAAGGCCCACUCCAAAGAGUUUGUGUCGAAUCUGGAGAUGACUUCGGAGAAGUCUCGGAAUAGCAGUGAGAUUAACGACACGAGGCACGAAGAUUCGAGUUCCCUUGCAAUGGAAGCUAACCAUAACAAAGUUGUACUGGGUUCACCUCAGACAAAUGUACCGGUUGCCUUGAGUUCCUAUGGAAAUGGAAUCAUCAAGGCAGAUGGGUUCUAUGAAAAAAGACCUAAAUGAAGCUAAAAAGUUGAGUAACCGGAGAAAGCAUAUAUUAGGCUGCUUCAGCUUGAGUUUCGGGUGACCGAUGUUUAACCCGGGAAGAAGACCUAGAUGGCUAAUACUAGUUGACUUCAUCAGCAAGGCACUUGAAGACUUGAGAAUGGAUUUUCUGAUAUUUUACACAAAAAACAUCCCUAAAAAUAAUGUAAUCUAAUAUUAUGUAUACCAUAAUUUGUUCCUCAUCUAAUCAACAAUGUGAUAUAUAUAA